AUGGCCAACCAGGUGGUUUGGAAGUGCCGACCAUGUGGCCGCACGUGUGGAAAGACGGCGGAGUUCUGUGCUCAAUGUGGCCAGCACUGGUCCAAGGUAGCCGAGGGCUAUACCGGUCAAGGCUGGCGACACGGCUGGAGAUCCGAGGCAAGCGACGGGCAAUACCCGCAGUCGCCCCGCCGGAGAUCCCCUCGCAAGCGUCCGCCCAAGGGGCCCGGGCCCGGGCAGAAAGGCGGGAAGCAGCAGGGACAGCCACAGCCGGCCAAAGGCGGCAAAGGUGGCAAGUCCGAGCCAUCCAGACCCUCGCUGGACUCCUUGCCUGCACCUCCGCCAGCUCCAGUGGUUGUGGGGCCCAAGACUGCUACCACUCCGGCCCCCGCAUCUGGGGUGCCGUCAGCAGAGCGGGCCCAGCUCGAAGCUUUGACAGGCUGCCUCUUUGCAGCCAAGGAUGCCUUGCCUGCGGAAGUCAGGGAGACUCUGGAACGCCUGCAGUUGGUGGAGACACAAUCCACGGCCAAGGACCUCCACAAAGCAGUGGCGGCCCAGUCACAGGCGAAGAAGCAGCUUCUACACGUGCAGGCUUCCAGGGCGUCCUACUUAGAGGCUUGGCAUACCUAUGUGGACAAAGUGUCCAGCCUCUUGCAGACACAACUCAACGAGCAAAUCGAGCAACUUACGGCUUUCGACGAAACAGAGCUACAGUGGACUACGGCUCUGGAAAAGGCGUCCAUGGACCUUGCACGCCUUGCAAGAUCCUCUUCGAAUCCGGCCGAGCAACUCGAGAUGGAGUGCGACGAGGAGGAGGACCACCUGGUCGAAACGGACAUCCGGACGGAGCGCGAGCUCUCGCAAAGGCGGGAGAAGCAGCUACAUGCAUCCCGGCAGCUGGUGGCUUCUAUCGAGUCGGUACGACUCAAUGCUCAGGAACAGCUCCAGCAGCAUGGAAGGGAAGGUUCACGGACGCCCAGACGGCGCAAAGCGGAUGUGGACCUCACCAAGGAAGAGAACCUCGAGGAUCGACGCGAGGCCGGGCCUGCCGAUUCAGGACAGGAUGGUGGCGGCAGCAAGGAUGGCAAGAAUGGCGAAGGUGCUGAAGACUUCGUGGACGAGUGGUGUGCCAGCUUUUCUGGUGCAGCCUUGGCGCAUGAAGUAUCUCUUUUUGACCUGGACCUGGAAGUGGAGCAUACUUUCUGGACAGAUCCGCGACACGCCGCCGGGCAGUAUGACUUUGAGGAGGCAGCUUGGGAUACGCUGCCGACUCAGAGCUGUGACUAUGAAGCUCUGGAAGUUUUCUUCACGGAGAGCUACGCCGACGCCCACUGCCAACGCGAAGGUCAGACAGUCCUUUCGGGCACAGUGCUAACUUCUCGGACGUUCCGAGUUCCCACCCUGCACAUGGCCAAGCAGGUGGUAGAGCUUGACGAAGUUCGAGGAAUUAGCCAAGAUGCUCUUGAAAGUGAUUCUCUCAUCAAGCGCGUCUAUACAGCUGAAAGGAUAGUCUGUACAGGACGUAGGCCGCAAGUGCUGCCCGCUGUACAUAGAUACCGCCACUGCAUGCCUUUGCAUCCCACCUUCGAUGCCUGCUCUCACUUACGCGGUGCCAAUCAGCGCGCCCGCGCCCUAUCCUCCGCUCUUGCAUUCUUCCCGAGCGUCGAGGUUCGUGAGCGCUACAAGGUCGGUUCCGUGUCGAACCUUGGCGCCAAAUGCAAUGUGCACAAUGAUGCAUCAACCGAGCUGCCCUGCGCAUCAACACCAAAUCCCCUCCGGUGCUACAAGGUCGGUUCCCUGUCGAACCUUGGCACCAUCUGCUCUGUUCCGUCAGGGCAAAGUGAGCUGCACAUCAAAAGCCUCGAUGACAAGCAUGCUUCCACCUGCCGAGCUGACAGCUGGCCCCAACUUACACCUGAGCGCUGCAAGGUCGGUUCCGUGUCGAACCUUGGCGCUGCCAGCCCUCGGAUUAAUGACGCUGUGCUCCGGACACACUCCAGCACGGCUCCUAUGCGUGCAAAUGCCCAAUUGCCCUGCGACACAACGCAGGAUCUGUCACAGCGCUACAAGGUCGGUUCCCUGUCGAACCUUGGCGCCUACUCUCCUCCUAUCGCAGCUCCUGCAUCGCCUGCAUUCUCUGUGCCGACUGCGCGCUCUAUGCCCAAGGCCAGCGCAAUCACCGACCUGCAUAUGAUUAUUGCAGCCCAGGUCCAAAUUGGACCAGAAUGGUUGGCAGGCCCCUUCCUGAACACUGAUGCAAGGAGCCUAACGCGCAUGCAACUCGAGCCUGCCGCGGCAGAUCGUGACACCCGCUACACGAUCCUCGAAUACCGCAGUGACACCAUUGUGCGACGGUCCAUGCCCGCAUGGACUCCACUUGAGUAUGUUGCACAUGCUAUCAGACAGGUGCCUUACCGAGUUCAAAGGGCUUACUUCCUCGAGGUGCCACUGCCGGGCUAUCCAUGCCCCCAGAUCCUUCUCACUCCUGCUGGUCUGCCUCUUGGGCAUCGGACCCUGCCAAUCGACCUUCGACCACUUCAGGGUCUGCUGCAUGUGGUUAGAGUUCCCUGUGGCCUCGAAACCCCGGCACUAUGGGAUACUCUGCAAGACAAGGGUGUUGAAGACCUCGAUGCCCUGGCAACGGCCACCCGCGAUGGCCGGCUCACACUGACGGACCAAAAUGGCCGCAUUGUUCCACAAAUUCGACCACUGCCUGAGCAGCAAUGGUUGAUAGCACCAGGCAUCGAGGAGGACUUGCCACCUAAUAUUGUUCUGCGCUAUGUCGGUGGCGGGCCGUUGACUUUUCGGUUACCCAGGCCGCCACAGCCGAUAGAGCCGCCCAGGCAUGCCACAGCCGCUGAAAUUGAAGCUUUACGUGCUGCCGAGCAUCCUGGGCCUGCGUGGCCCGACACCACUUCCACGACCACAGCCAUGCGCGCUGAGCAAAAGACCGUUGAAAGGCCUGCCUCAACACCUCCUGGAAUACCCGAGCCAGACAUCGAGCCACCCUCUCUACUUCAACGGGUCGCGGCCCAAGCUGAUGAAAAGCUUGGACAGACUAGUCGUCCACAAGAAGUGCCCUCCAUUCUGCCCGGGUACCUCGAGCGCGACUGUCUCCAGCAGGAAAGCGUCGAUGUUUACUCAUGGGGCGCGACUGCAGGCGCGCCCAAUCAUGCUUACACCAUCUUUGAUGUUGUCAGACAUGCCACGACUCGGCCACGCCCCAGAGAAGGCACUCUGACGGCGAUCAUCCGUGCAGCAGUGCUGGAAGCGCCUUUCCCUGUCGGCGCUGUGCAGGUGCUCAUGAAGGGUGUUCAGGGAUUGCCACAGCCGCAAUUGGUUUUGCACCAAAGGAACCUCCCUAACGGACAAGCCCCCAUACCAUGGGAUUUACGUCCGGUCGGGGGUGACCUUUACACAGUGAAUCAUAAACCACAAGAGUCCCUGCAGGACGCCGUUGAUAGACUUCCACCAGUGCUGCCUGCGGCAACCGCUCCGAGUGUCUGUGACUCGCUUGUGGCAAGGCAUUAUGCAGUCCUUGAUGCCGCUGGCAUUAUUGGACAUACCAUCCCGCAGGUCCUCAGUGAGGUGCAGCAUUUUCUUGUUGAGCCCGCCUUUUCAGGCUUCGCAAGCAUAGGCCUGCCACCUCCGUGGGAUGCUUCACCCUCUCCGUUCUUCUGGCCGACUGAUGGAGCACCAUCGACCACAUCCACCACAUCCACAAGCCCAAAUGAGCCUCCCAGUUCCUUCCGGUUCACAAUGCUUUGCGGCCCGCACUCAUACAGUGCAGUGGUGCAGCCGCCCUGCUACCAAGCAGAUGCUAUCCUGGAAAGACUCAUCCGGGAAGUGCUCGCCCUGAGCUACCCGGCCCACGGGCCACUCCGGGUCAUGCUGGCGGCCGGUCAACCUGCAGUAGUCGACAAUCAACAGGAGGUUAUAUUCCUCCUAUGCAACUCUGUGUACGACCGUACCGCAACAGUCGUUGUCGACGAACGAGCCGGAGGACACUCCCUCCAUACCUACCACGUCGCACCACACACCAUGUGCGAGAGCCUUAUCGCGCCCGAAACGAGUGGUAGAGGGAUCUCUGUCGUAGUCAACGGUGCCCCAGCUAGGCUCACCCCUAAGUGGCCAGUGCAAGGAGACUACAUACAGUUUGAUGAAGGCCAGGGACCCCCUGCGUUCACACCCACUAGCUGGAUUUUACGCCAGCUCGAGGUCCUUCUCCCGUACACCUGGCCACUGCAUGUCGGAGACGGUGUGUACUCCCUUGAUGUGCCGGCUUGCGCCCGACUCCGCCGACGCGCACAAGGAACAUUCCACCCGCCAGAGGGCGGCUGUUUGGUCCUUGGCAUUCACCACGGCCCUGUCGCCUUCAAUCUUGGACAACCAGUUGUCCCGUCUGUGCCAGAAAUGCAAGCAGGCCUUGCUCAACUUGAUGACUGCCCACCAGCCAUGCUGGAGACAUACCACACCAGAGCGGUCAGCAUCAGCGAAAGGACGGUGUUCGUAUCAGCGCCUACGCAAUACAUGUACAGGACGGUGUUGGCACCCUGCCUCCCGUUCCCCAAUCAUUACAUUGCCUACGCUGUACUACCUGGAGCCAUCGAGCUCAAUCUGAUUUUACCGCAAGGAGUUGCCUACCGCAGGCCUAGGCGCAGACACCAACAUGGUGACAUCCUUGAAAUCUUUCUCCUUGCAAGAUGUGUAUGGCCCUACAUUCGAUUUGUCGAAUAUGGCCUGCCGCUACCACAGGCAGCGCAUGCUCCACAACCGCAACGACCUCCAUACAACGAUGGAACCGCGCUAGUCCAAAUUCCAGAUUAUACUAGCCGGCAUAUGCAGCGCUGCGCGCGGCUACAACAACUGCAUCCUGAGGUAGACUGCCCAUGCAUCGAAGGUGCUUUCCGAUGCAGCGAAGAGGCCGAUGCUGAGCCCAGUGCCACCGGUUUUCCCUUCCAAGUGCCGACCCCAUUCGGCAGACGUCGCAUUAGUUUAAAGCCUCAAGACAAACUUGAGUUCAGUCCAGGUACACUUUGGGCUCAUAACCUAUGCGAACCCGGACCCGGUGCAGAGGCUCCCUCAAAGCCUGACCCCACCAUACUGACGCUUGACCGGCUCAUUGCACCACGCGCCGAACGUCGAGAGGCCGGGGGACUCCUCACUGGAGUUUCUGCAGAUAUGUUCCCAUUCCUGUUUGAGCAAUACGGUCUUGCACUCUUCAGUCCUGAGUGGCAGCAGAUCCCUGAUGUGCCAUCCACCACACGGCAAUUUCUUGAUGGUCUCCGGACUUUACCCUCAAGUGCCAAACCAGCCGCCAUCCAAUUUUUUGUCGAUGGGUCUUUCUUCCCUGCCGAGCACGGACCCAUCAAGUGUGGAUGGGCCAUCUGUGCUCUCGCAUACCACCAACAAGAAUGGCAAUGGGUUGGUUGGCUAGCCGCAGGUACUGAUCCGGAUGGGGACCACAGCUCGCUCUGUGAACCGGUCAAGUCCUCAUACGAGACCGAAUUGUCUGCUCUUUGCUUUGCAUUGACAUGUGCAGUCAGCAUGCAAGUGCCUUGCUUGUUUGGGUUCGACUCAACGUCAGCUGCAGCAACCGCCGCAGCUGAUGCUGUCGACAAAAACGGGUCAGCGCUAGCUUCAGCCUGUGCAUCGCUUGUGCAUUUGCUGGAACUGCAGGGAUGCGCCCCACUCUGGCAUCAUAUCCGUUCCCAUCAGGGGCAUCCUCUGAAUGAGUUCGUUGACGCCACAGCCAAGUUCGCUGCAAAGACGAUGACCUCCUGCCAUCUCCCCACAGCCCUUUCGGAAGCACAGCACGAUGGUACCCUGCCCUGGAUCUGGCUCGCUACUGGUCUGCACCCUUCCGUUCCUCGGAUUGAUCAGAGCGGGAUACUCCGAGAUGCUGCACAGCUCCAAGGGGAUGCCCAUACGCUUCACUCUGUGUUGCCUAGCCCAGCGGCUACGAAGGGCCAGGUCUCUUUUGACUUCCAGGCUGUAACCUAUAACUGCCUGACUCUCAAGUCACAGGCGCAGCAGGAGAGCCUGGCCGAGCAGUUCAACAAGCACCACUGCAGCGUCAUAGGUCUUCAGGAGACCAGGACCACCCUCAAAGAGCGCAAAGCCAACCGCCACUUCCAUGUUAUUGGAGGCCCAGCUGAAAAUGGGCAGCUUGGGUGCCAACUCUGGUUAACACGGAGCAGGCCAGUUGCUUUUUGCGGCAAGACCCCCAUCACAUGGGACCCCACCACCUUUUGUGUGCUUCUGGCCACCCCGCGGCUUUUGCUUGUGACCGCCAAGGCAGCUGACCAAACCUUUGCGUUCCUUGUUGGCCACAGUCCCACUGCCAAGGCUGGUCAAGCAGCCUGCGCACUUUUUUGGCAGCACAUGAACUCAGCAUUGCGACGCAUCCCGACGAAUUCCAUUCCCCUUGUUCUCGUUGAUGCCAAUGCUAAAAACUUUGGUGCCCGGGGUGACCUUGAUGAAAUAGCAGAGCCUCAUCAUAAUCAUGAGGGUUUUGCCAACUUAGUCGCAAGUCAUGCCCUCACCACCUCGGGGCACGUUGCACAUGACGGGCAGGAAUUCGUUUCUUGGACAGGCCCUGACGGCCAGACAGCCUGCAUUGACUAUGUUCUGUGCCCCACACAGCUCGCCCAGGGCAUGUGCAUACUGGGCCCUUUGCCAGGCUUUGUUGGUUAUCUCGAUCAUGACCACAAACCGAUUGCCACCCAGAUCCGAUGGCAAACUUCUGGCAGUGUCCGUCACCCCAAUGUGCGCCUCAAAGGCGACGGCCUCCACACAGCCGCUGGCCGACAAGCCCUCCGGCAGGCCUAUCGAAACAUGCCGCCAGUUCCGUGGGAGGUUUCCGUUGAUGAGCACCUGCGGCGCAUCAACCAGCAUGUCAUUGACAACCUGCAGCAAGUCUGCGUUCGCUCGGGCAACAAGCCAAGGGACCGGACUACUUCUGACCAUACCUGGGCACUCAUUCGCGACAGACGCCAUUUACGGCGAGAAGUUCACCGCACCCGUGGUACCAGCCUCGCGCCGGAGUAUCACACCAUGCUUGGAGAACAGAUCAAAGACCUCGGUCGACUCAUCCGAGCUGCGGCCAAAAAUGAUGCGGCGGUCGCGAUCCGAAAAGCCUUUGACUCCGCGCGCGAGUCUGGAAUUGACACGCUCCACAGGCUCUGCCGCAGCAUCACCAAAUCUGGGCGAAGAUACCGCGCGCCUAGUCUCUGCCCAGCGCUGCGUGCCAGGUCCGGCCAGGUUGAAGAAGAUUCCUACAAGGUGCUCGGAGACCACUUUGCCGAAGCUGAGUUAGGCCAGCAUUGUGCUCCGACUGAGAUCGCCACCCGCGAGCCGCUGUACGAGCCACAGGACUUUUUGCUUCCAAGCGCGUUCUCAGUAGCCUCACUCAGCCGCGCUUUCGCCAGCCUGACAGCCAAGCGUGCUUCCGGAGGAUCCCAAAUCCCUGUUGAGGCCUACAAAUUCGCACCCCUCGCCGCAGCGCAUUGCCAUGCCCCCUUGCUUCUCAAAUGCCUGCUGCGCCGUCAGUGCCCAAUCCUCUGGAGGGGAGGGAUCGCUACUGCGAUCCCGAAACCCCUCAAGCCCGCAGAUUCUGUCGAAGGAUGGCGCAGCAUUCUCUUGCUCGAGGCAGGAGCAAAGGGAAUAGCGAAGGCUAUCAGAAACGACCUUCUGCAGGGAUAUAGCCAGCUCCGUCAAGCUGGCCAGAGCGGGUCCAUGCCAGGACAACCGCUUCAAAUUUCCAUGGCACAUGUAAGAGGCCUUGUGAAGCGAAUCAAGGCGUCAGGCCAAAGCGGGGGCAUUUUGUUUGUAGACGGCAGAGCAGCAUUCUAUUCCGUGCUCCGCGAGGCUCUCCUCGGCACAGACAGUGCGCAGCCACAACAGUUUGUUGAAAAGCUCGCUGAGCUCGUUUUCCACACCAGGGAAAAGCAAUCUGACUUUAUUCUUGCUGCGCUUGGUCCAGGGCUCCUGCAACAGACCGGCGUUCCCCUUGCUGUGAGAAGAUAUGUUGCGGCUGGUUUGGACCGCACGUGGUUCAGUGUUGGGCAGUCGCCGCGACACGUCUAUGAAACACGUUGCGGCUCUGUUCCGGGGGCACCUCUUGCUGAUCUGUAUUUUCAGAUCAUCUUCAGCCAGGUUCUUGCUAAUAUCUAUGCGGGGCUUGAAGAAAAUGGAUUGAUCGCAAACUGCCCUGGCACCUCAGCUUCCUCACAGCUCAGCCUGCCCAUCCCCACAUGGAUGGACGACAUCGCCGUGCCAGUCCUAGCACCCAAACCCUGCCAGCUCCUUGAUCGGGCUGCGCAAGCGGUACGUGUCGUCGACACGGCCAUGCAUGCUGCAGGGAUUCGGCUCAAUUUUUCGCGAGGCAAGACCGAAUUCCUUGCAGUGAUUGGCGGUGAGGGUAGCAGACAACUCAGACAAGAAUGGUUGUGUGCCAACGGUGCGACUUUUACUGUACCCUUGGAGACCGCACCCAUUACCGUACACCUUACGGGGAGCUACAUCCAUCUGGGGUCUGAGAUUGCCUUUUCUGGCAAGGACGGUCCUGACAUUUUCAGACGGCGAAGCCUUGCUCGUCGCCUCACAACUGACCUGAGCAAGCUCAUGCACAACAGCUGCCUGUCGACUGAGGAAAGACUCAACAUGCUCAUCGCGAUGCCAUUGGCCCGCUUCCGGCACGGUGCUGGACUCUGGUCCCUUGAGUUCACUCAGGACCAGCACGCAUACCAGAGCGCAUAUAUCGAGCCCUUUCGCAAAUACUUCCGUGCACUCACCGGCAUCACUUCGCAAGGGCUUGAUGACCACCAAAUCUGCCAAUGCCUUGGCAUUUUAACUGCAGCUCAGAUGCGCGAAGUUGACUUGACGCGCCACGUCGGAUGGUUGGCAGCAGACGGCUCCUCGGUCCUCCGUGAACUCUGGCUCACAUCAGGACCUUGGUUUCAAGAAGCGCAGAGGGCAGUCAAAGCUUGCAGCGCGCACCUUGGCAUUCGUCCCACCACUGCAUGGGAAGCACUCCUCGCUAAGCCUUGCCUUGCUAAACAGUGGGCGCGCAGCUAUGCUCGGCGAUGCCGCAAAAUACAGCGCCAAUUGCAACCCGCCGCACUGCGUCGAUGGCAAACAUACCAUGAUGCGCAGCAGCAAGGAGCCUUUUUCUUGCAUGUCCGGGAGCGCGCCCGCACAGUUGGCCUCACCUGCCCUGAAUGCCACUGUCACUUUGACAACCCGGCUGCGCUGGGCUCCCACCGCAGUAAGGUACAUGGUGUUGCCGCACGAGCCACACAAGUUACCUUUGGCACCCGCUGUGAGGUAUGCUCUACAGAGUACUGGAGUACUCGACGCCUCCGCGAACACCUCAGGCGAAGCCCAACAUGCCUCAAAGUCUGGGAAGCAGCAGACAGAGAGGUAGAGGCCCCUGCCAAUGAAGCUGGACAUGAAUGGCUGCCCUCAGCCAAAGCUUGCGGGCCUAGACCAUGGUGGGCAACCUUGCAGCCUGAAGACCCACCAGAGCCAGGCCCACAGGCAGCCCUACCCAGUGCUGCGAUUUUUGCCAAAUGGCUUGAAGGCGAGAGCUCCAAGAUACCGGCCAGCCAAUUGCUGGAUCUUGUUGAGAAGGGAAUAAGAUUUCGACUCAAUGACGACGACCUCCCCCUCGCCUCUCUUCAUAUGUCAGCUGCCACUUACAGCCUCGUUCAGCAUGCUAUGUGGGCAGCACAAACGAUUCUCGCGCAGAGCGCAGGAUCACAGGAGGAUUCCUUCUGGCGCGUUUCGGUACAGGGAAUGCGCGUUAUUUUCUGGCCGAACGGUGUGCGCACCGCGGCCACGAACUGGUCGGAGCUCCCCACGGAGUGGGCCUUUGACUAG